AUGGCCCGCCUCAGCAGCCUUGUCGUGCUGGCGGCCUGCGCUCUGCUGGCCCGUCAUGUCUCCACACUGCUCUUCGCCAACGCGCCGAGCACCUCGUCGCGAAGCUUGCGCAUGGCACAGCAGGCGGUGGACGAGCGGGACGAGGGGCUGGUGCUCAUCAAGCCAGAGGAGUCCGGCAAGGUGGUGAAGAGGGACAAGUUCAACAACCCUCCUCGGAUUGUGAUGAAGACCAACGACUGGGACCAGCCCGAGAUUCAGUUGAGCACGGGCGCCAGCAACCAGAUCAACUACAUCACCCCGGUGGUCCAGUCCGAUGAUAUCAAAGCCUGGUUGUCGCUGAAUGUGAACUUCUUCGCCAUCAUCGGGCUCACCACGGGGGGCCGUGUCAUGAGGGUCUCGAGCAGCCUUUUUGAAGGGCGCCGGCCGGCCGAGGAACGGCGCAGCCCAGGAAAAGGCCUACCGCCCAGGAACUUUCGUGCAGUGAAGGCGGUGCAGAUCAUGAAUGCCCCAUGUUGGGCCAGCUACUUGCAGAGGCGCGACCAUGUUCUGCAGCAAUGCCUGAAGGUGAAGGCGGCCGUGAAAGAUUCAAGAUCGGAAAGACAAGUGAAGUUGGAUUUUGCACCCGCCCGGAGCGACGCGACCUACUGGCGCGAGGGGCUCAAUGGGGCGCUGAUGACCGACGCGCUCACCGAGCGGAUGGAGGUGAGUGCCUUUACUCCACUGAAGCGUGAGGCCAACGAGUGUUGGCUUUUCCAUGGAACCAGCCACCAUGCAGCGGAGGGCAUCACCACCGACGACUUUGACAUGACCCGAGCGAACCCGGCGGGCCUCUUCGGCGCGGGUGUCUACUUCGCGGAGUCUGUGAGCAAGGCGGAUGAGUAUGUGAAGGGGAAGCACGUGGAUGGCUUAGGCUACAUUUACUACUGCGACCAGCGGAGGCCGUCGGCGCGGGAACUGGAGGAGCACUGCUUGCUGGAAGAUUGGCAUAGUGUCCUUGGAGAUCGAAAGAAGACCUCUAACACCUUCCGGGAGUUCAUCAUUUACGACAACCUUCAAGCCUUCCCCGCUUACAUCAUUUACUACUCCAGAGAGGAAAUAUGGGACACCAUCCCGAUCCUCCGAGCCGAGAGCGCGAGCCGCACGCCACGUGGCCGCCGCGUGACCGUCGCGUGGGGGCGGAGGGCCGACGGCUGCAUGAGGCUCCUGCUGCCGGCACUCGCCUUGGGCGCAGACGUGCGAAAGAAAAGCGACGACUUUUGGACCUGUGCCGACGACCUGCGCUGGCAUCGCUUGCGGGAGACGGUGCGAUAUGUUGUUUGGAAGCCCGGCGAUCCACUGCGCACCUCCGUCGAGGGCUUUGCCACCCUGGUGCCCUUGUGGCUCAGCAUCAGCACAGGACACGAGAAUCUCUCCCAACUGACCGAGGAGUCUCCGUGUCCUGCGGGCGAGGUCUUCUUCAUGUUGCUUCAUUUCCUGAUGUCUCAGCUCAAGCAGCUCCGCAAGGACGGCAGCAUCGACAUGGAGGGCCUCGUCAGUGCUCUGGCCAUGCUCCGCGUGAGGAUCCCCUCGAUGUCGGGAGCCCUGCGUUCCACGUGGCCGAUCUUCGGAGUGCUUGCGCUGAUCCAGCAGAAACUCCUCAAGCUGGGUGUGGGCGGCGUGCGGGGCACUGGCAUGGCGCUCCGCCACGGUGCCGCGCCCUUCAGCGAAGCGCUCCUGCAAUUUGCAGGCAUUUGCGAAGAUGGCCAGGAGCUGUUCCAGCACAUUUCAACUUGGCUAGAGCGUCAAAGCCAAAGCCCGUUCCAGACCUUGCCAGAACGUCUUCAGUUCCAGGACCGUAUCACAUGGGGCGAGCUUAUGCGGGAUGAGAUGGCGCAACAAUCCUUUGGUGAGAUCAACGAAACUCUAGCAGCGGCCCAGGAGCAAGGCCUUCUGACCUUGGAGGGCUCGCCCGGUGAAGAAGAGACUCUCAUCGUCUUAUGUUCAUCGGAGCCCCCGGAGACGGAGGCGGCACCAGAGGCUGCUGAGGCAUCUGCGGUCACCUUGGCUGAGGAGCCACAGGACGAGAAGUCGCAGCUCGAGGAAGAAGCGCCGCCUCCGGCGUCUGAGCCGAUCGAGGCGAUACCCGCGCCGGUGGCAGAGCCUGCGCCAGAGGCGGAGGCAGUGCCUGAGCCGGCUGCGGUUGCAGAAGCACCUGCAGAGCCGGCACCGGCCGCGGCACCGGCCGCGGCACCGGCCGCGACGGAGCAAAGCACCGGAGAGGUGCUCUCGUCCACAUCCUCGGCAACAGUGAAGAAGACCGAGGAUGGUAAAUGGAAGGUGGACACCGGCUACAUCGACCACCGCACCAACGACCCCAAUCGAUUGGAACCGCGGCGGUCGGUGCUGGAUGGAGCGAUGGCAACCGCAGCGCCGAAUGCGGGGGUUGUGGUGGGACAAAGCAGCAAAGAUGAUGAUGGCAAAUUCAAGGUGGACACCUCCUACAUCAACCAUCGGACCGGCGAGGUGGACCGCCUUGAGGGGCGGCGCUCGGUGGUCUUGGGCGGGCCAGAUAUGGGACAUUCUGCGACGGUGAAGAAGGACGAUGGAAAGUGGAAGGUGGACACCUCCUACAUAGGCCACCGGACCGGGGACACGGACAACCUCACCCGGAAAGAGGAGAAGCAGGACGAAGCCCGCUAUGCGGAUCCCAGCGUCAAGAAGUACUCCCAUCAAGAGCUGAAAGCGAGCCAAGGCCGCCCGCCCGACGUGGACCCCGCGCGGCGGGAGAUGUACCUGUCGGAGGCCGACUUCGCGGCGGUCUUCGGGAUGCCCAUGGCGGAGUUCCAAAAGCAGCCCAAGUGGAAGCAGCAGAAUGCCAAGAAGUCGAAGGACCUCUUCUGA